UCAUGGUAAAAGAGAAUUAUACAGAACGGAAAUAUAAUACAGGAAAUCACAAAAAUGGGAGUGCAGAAUUCAAAACGACUACAUGAAGGGCAGGAUGCUUCUUUAGGAAUUCUUCGAAAUGAUCCGCAAGCUAAGAUUACGCUCACAGACAAAUAAAAUAACAAAUAGCGACAAGAAAUUUGUCUCGACAUACUUAAAAGAUUCGAAUAAAGAAACCCUGACGAUUCUUUAUAAGCUCGCAUGUUAGGGAUGCAGCGAGGACACACGAUGCAAGAUAGAGGUGACGACAUAAUAUCGCAGAAGUCUUUGGAUGUAGUGAAAAUACUUAUACAUUUUUUAAAAGAGCAUGCUAGAGUGGAAGGAUUAUUUCGACGAGCAGGACGUCGUGAGGUUCGACAACAUAUCCUGAAUUCUCUAAAGAAAGGGCAUAAACCGCAUUUUGAAAAUUCAAAUAAUGCUGCUCUGGAAUGUGCGGCAGCUUUACAAAUUUUUCUCAGCCGCUUAAAGAAACCAAUUAUGCCGCAGCAUGUGCAAGAAUUGAUUCUUGCUGAUAAUCCAGGUGUAGAAGCACAAGUUAUUGCACAAGAUGCUCUAGGACUUAUUAGACAGGAUGUCGGCGGUCGUCAUUGCGAGCUCUUGACUCAUGUUUUGGAUCUUUUAAGGCACUUAACUCUCUCAGGACCUCCUUCCGAAUGUUCCGAAUUGCGUGGAUCUCCAUUACCUGUUGCACUUUUACCAGUGUUUUUUAAUUUAUCCCCUGGUGAUUUAAUAAGAUGGAAACAAGUGGCGGCCAGAUUCAGCGAAUUAAUUACGGAAGCCGCUGCGCAACUCCGUCGCGAUGUACAACGUAACAUUUAUACGGAAACUAUAAAUUCCAUGACGAGUUACAUCGACACAGCUUCGACCUCACAAGAGGAAGAUGAAGAAUUAACGAGAUGGCAAGAGUUUUCGUUGUUGUAUCCUUUUGUUCGACUUAGAGAUCAUUGUAAUAUUUGUCACGUUGGUGAGAUGGCACGUGUUCUUAUGACACCGUUACAACAUCCAAUCGUUGGCAGGUUACAUCCGACGAUUGCUAAUCCUAAUUAAAAAUUUUAAUAACAAUCGUACAAAUGUGCAAAGUAUUUUUAGAUGAAAAUUACUGUAUUUAUA